AUGAUUGAAGAUGGCCCACAUCCUGAGUUACAGUGUCUGCGAAAGCAGCUGCAAGACAUGCUCGCUUCAAUGUCAAGCUUCGGUCCGACGCUGCCCAAACCACCCAUCAUCGACUCGUCCUUCGACUCCUCAGCUGAUGAUGUCCCGCGGCGGGAAGCAGUGCGGGGCAUGCGUAUAUUCAAGGACUCUGUAAAGCGAGACUUGGAUGUGCUCGAGAAGUUCCUGGCAAAUAUCGAGUGCGCUCGUCUUCCAGCACUGUCCACAAAUGCACCAUAUCUCAUUUCUGUGUGGAAGGAAGCGAUCUCUGCACCGGCGCCCGUCACUGCCAUCUGGAGCACCUACUCGGAGAGCGGCACGGCGUUGCAUCCGCGCAAACGUGGUCUGCCAAAGGAGGCGGGUGUCAAGGUUGACGUCGUCGCAGACGGUGGAAGACGGUGGACACGAGUGAAUACAACAAAGAAUUCACGCAUGCUCGCCGAGUUCCGCGAAAUCGACUCGUACUUGACAGAUUCGGAGGGCGACGAUGACGAAGAUGAGCUACCUAGCCUCGCCCAGACAAAGUUCGACAACUCGGUUCUUCGAAUGGGUCGCUCAUUGCUCGCUGCGGCGAAAGAAAACCCGGUGCCUGGUACGAGCGACAUACCUCUGGUAACGCUAUGCCUCACUCGCCUGGACCCAUCUCCCCAAGAUUCAAAGGAGCACGACCCCAGGAUUCCAAGGACGAUCGAAGAACUUCGUGCUAUGGGCAUCGAUGUGCAACUCGGAGAACGAGAGGACCGUCUUCUGUGGGAACCGUCAGACAACACUGUAUAUAACCCCCGCGCCUUCCAUCCAACCUUCCGCGUAAACUUGGACCUGUCUAUCCUGAUUGCACUGGUAUCAGACCUCACUCAUGCUCCACUACCUACAUCGCCCGAAGAUGCCAACGCACGCUUUACGCCCGGCGCGGAAUACGUCGAGUGGAAGAAGAAACGCAUUAUGAUGCUAAGAAAUGGUGGUUCUCUUCCUGCAGACGACGAGAUCGGCGAGCCGACUGGGAUGGACUUCGUUGGCCGACCGUCCCGGGCAUUGGUGACACAGGUGCUGCAAGAGAUGAGCAAGGGCCUGCUCGACGACAUGUCUGAGCGUUUGUCAGCAGUCAUCGGCUCUGCAGAGUUCUGGACUACUCCCGAGGCGAAGGAACGAUGUCUGCAGAUCGUCAGGAAGAUCGGAGGCCCCAAGGAGCUGCGCCGCGCCGAGGCGCUCUUCGCGGGGGACAUCGCCUCUGCCGAAGCGGACUACUGGGAUGGGUCUCGUUACCCUAAGGGUUUUAUCUCCUUGCUACCCGUUUGCCUGCUUCCCGCUGGCCAACUAAACGACACCCAGCAGCCGCCAGCGCGCGAUGAAUCUGGACGACCGCUCUCCCCAUUCUUCCGCACCUUAGCACGUACUUGCCGUACCAUUCUGCGCGAAGAGACGACCCCUCAUCCUAAGUCUCCAUUCUCUCCUGUCGCUAGCGAGCGAGCAGCAGAUGACUGCGACGAGAUCCAGCGUGCUACAGUCACGAAGACGAACCCGAAGCUGACGGCACACACCGUGCAGAGCUUGCUCUGGGGCGCCGUUUAUGGCUGGACGACACUCACGGCAAAUAAGACAAGCAUCAAGGCCAUGCUUAAGGAGAUGAGGGCGGGGCGGAAUGGCGCACUCUGGGAUCGGUCUGAUGAGACUCUGGUGAAAGACGCUGGUAACGACGCCGACACCGCUGCUAUCUGGAUGGUGGACCCGCGAAGUCUGGCGGAGGGCAUGAGGGCGGAUUUCAGCUCGUCAUAA